CAUCGAGGAGGAGAAAUUGUACCGACUGCUAUCAAGGACACAAUGAACAACUCUUCUUGCAUCAGCUUUGACUUUACAGGAAAAUUCCUGCCACCUGUCUACAUUUUAGUAUUCAUCACUGGCAUGCUGGCUAACGGACUGGGAUUGAAGUCAGCGCUGCAGAAAUGGGAGAAACUGGGGAAUGUCUCUGUUUUUGUUUUCAACCUUGGACUUGCAGACAUUUUGUAUUUGCUCACACUCCCUUUUCUGAUGGUGUACUACUUCAAGGAUGAUCAAUGGAUAUUUGGAGAAGCCUUUUGCAAGACAACAAGAUUCUGCUUCAACCUGAAUUUAUACGGCAGCAUUGGAUUCCUCACCUGUAUCAGUGUGUACAGGUACUUGGCUAUUGUCCAUCCAAUGAAGAUGAUGGGAAGACUAACUGUGACUCAUUCUGUGGCUAUCUCAGUCAUGGUUUGGCUGUUGGUGAGUGUUCAAAGUCUUCCAGACAUGUUCUUCCCCAAAUCACCCACAAACAAUACUGAGAAAUGUUUUGAUACAACCUCUAAUGACUAUGUUAAGGAUUACCUGAAAUACAGCUUGGGACGGACACUCACUGGUUUUUGCGUUCCCCUGUUCAUCACCCUCAGCUGCUAUGGACAUAUGAUUGCUGUCCUCUGCCGCAAUGAUAACAUUGAUGAAGUACUGAAACAAAGAAGCUUAAAGUUGUUAUUCAUCUUGAUUCUUCUGUUCUCUGUUUGUUACAUCCCCUAUCAUAUAUUAAAAAAUCUCAACCUCUUGUCAAGACUAAGUGUAAUCAAGGGGACAUGUCAUAAAUGGUCUAAUGGAGUCUAUGUUGGUCAUCAAAUAAGCCGUGGCCUUGUGUGUCUGAACAGUGCGCUCAAUCCUCUAGUUUACCUGCAUGUAAGUGAAGAUAUUUGUUCUCAGCUCAGACAGCUAUUCCAACAAGCUCACCAAGCUGUCACUACUCGAUACACCUCUAACCAAACUUCAGUCAUGGAUAAUUGAAAUGUGCCGAUGAACAUGAGGAGUACGCAUGAUCUGAGACUCAUCUGAGACUUGGGUAAGAAACACAAAAAAUGCUGCUUUUUACUUAAAAGCAAAAAUAAUACUUAAAAAAUACUUAAAAGACGAGUUAUUGCAUUUGUGAUGUAGUGGCAUGGUGUCAUGCAUGGGAGGUUUGCAGCUUGAAUAUGUGAAAAAAAAAACAGGAUAUGAUGCUGCAUGCUUCACUGCUGAUAGAAGGUUAAUGUUAGCAGCAUAUCACAUGUAUGUACACACCCUGAAAGUAAAGGUCAGUUUUGAUUAUGUUGUAUAUACUGUAUAUCUAUACUUUGAACAUUUGAAUUCAAGCCUCCUC